AUGUCGAUUUCGAGCAUCAUCAGAAAUCAAGGAAACGAUUUUUUUCGCCAGGCUUGCUCGGGGAAAAUCUCCGACUUACAGAAAUCAAGAGAGCUAUUUGACCAAGCGUUAUCCCGGUAUUACAAAGCUAAGGAAAAAGCCGAAGAUUCAGACGAUGAAUGCUCCGCCGCCAAGAACAUCGGCAAGGCUGCAUGGCGGAUAGCGGGUGUUUUGACUCAAAAGCUGGAGAGUUUUCAGACUAUCCUGCACUACCAACGCGAAGCAAUCAAAGGAUUAUGCGAAGCUUUCAACAAAAGUGAAGACUGUAAACCAGAGCAGUGGCGAAACGAAGUUCUAGGAACACUCACUCUUUGUUUGCAAGAAGUCAUCGACUGGUGUGACACGUUUCAUCCCGACAUCAAGAUUCACCAGCUCGAGCAGCUUGUUUUGAUCACAACCGUAGACAGAGCCACUGUUGAUCUACAGCUGAGGUUGGCCAGGCUUUACUUUUAUGACGGAGCCACUAAGCUUCAAAAUGGCGAGUAUAAGACAUGUCUUUCCCGCAUGAGAGAUUGCUACCGGCCCAUCGAAGAAGUGAAGCGCUUGGCUCAUAUUACAGGGGAGGAGUUGAACGAUCUGCUGGAUGAAGCGCAAACUUUAGAGCAAGAUGUGUUCUACCACUCGUGCUCCGCGUCGUCAAUGCAAGCUCGCGUACAGGGAGACCACCUUCUUACAAUGGCUUUAGAAGAUGAAGAGGAACUUGAUAUGACUUUGGUUUUUGAAGUCAUCGACUGGUACAAGCAGGCCGUGGUCUUGGCAAGAGAGAUUGAAAUAGAACAGGAAGCUAUCGCUGAGAGCAGACUGGGCGUUGUCUAUGACAAAGUACUGAAGCUGACUCACCGCGCUAAAGAUUACUUCAACCACACCCUGCAAUUGGCAGAGUCCAUGAAGCCGCGCAUCUUCACCUCUGACGACUGGUACAAAGUGUGCGUCAGCACCCUGCAGCGAUAUCAAGAAGAGAUCCGCCAGCGUGAAGAGGAUGAGAAAAGUAAGGUACGAGCUAAGUAUCUGGACGAGCUCAAAGAGGAGCUUGCAGAUAUCAAGAAGCACGACACCAGCGCUACUGCUUUGAUCAAACAUGUGUACACCAGCUACCCUCCAAAGUCUUCUUCCUGGGAGAAACCCAGUGACGAUGAGAUCAGCAAGUGGGAUUCCCUGGAAAGGGGGACCAAAGAGUACAAGAAGUUUCUCCUAAAGGCAUUGGCUGUUUUCCAUCCAGACAAGGUAGAUGAUAAGGAACAUGGGAUGAAGUGGAAAGUUCUCAGUGAGGAGAUUACAAAAAUGAUCACUAAUUAUUAUGAAAACACAAAGUUUGCAUGUUAG